AUGGACGACGAGCGGAUACCCAAACGACUCUUCUAUGGAGAUGUCGCCAGGGGUUCCCACCAACAAGGAGGCCAAAUCCGGCGAUACAAAGACACUCUGAAGACUUCCUUGGAACGCCUGCAGAUCAACCCGGCCAACAAGAAAAACCUAACCCCGGAGCGGCCGAACUGGAGGACAGUGAAUAUCGUCGCCGCCCCUCCGCCAUCCAUCCUACCCAACCACAGCCACCACUACUACCGCCACAAUGACCUCACGCACUCCCCCCACCGAUGGGACGACGUCCGACGACCCGUCAACUUCAAUCACCAACAUCCGCACCUUCAGCGAUGUGGAAUAGGUUAA